AUGCCAGCCCCCCCACCGCCUCCCCCUCCACCCCCCCUGACUCCCCCUCCUCCACCGCCGCCCAGCGCUGCCCUGCCACCGUGUCCGUCGGAGUCUCUUAAGCUCCAGUCUGGAGGAGGAGGAAGGAAUGCCCUGUUGGCCGACAUCCAGAAAGGAGCCAGGCUCAAGAAAGUCGCGCAGGUCAACGACCGCAGUGCCCCCGCCUUGGAUAAUCCUGAGGCCCGCACUGGAGAUCCAUCCAGCAGUGUUGCUGCUUCUCUGGGCUCAUCAGGAGGGAUGGCACCCAUGGGACCCUCUUUGGGUGGGCUGUUUGCUGGAGGGUUCCCCACUCUCAGGCCUAUAGGACAAAGAGACCCAGCAGGCAAGACCUCAGUGUCACGUUCAAGCUCCUCGGCCUCCCUGAAGCCUCUGUGGAACCCGCCCCCGCCAGCAGACACGAGCAGCGUCUCCGAGCCUCACAGGACGACGGAGCUCCGAGGCUCCGUCCACCGUCCGCUCGCCCCCUCGUCCUCUGCACCUCCCUCCCCCUCUCACAGCAGCAAGCACCCACCUUCUUUCCCUGCUUCCUCUCCCCCACUGCCUCCACCCGACCCUCCCUCUGCCCCUCCACCGCCUCCCCCACCCCAUGCCUUCCAGGAGCGGCCAGCCAACAGGCCUCCGCCCCUGCCCUCCUGCCCUCCUCCUCCACCCCCAUCCCAAGUCACCAAGCCCACCUGGCUCCCCAUCCAGCACUCCUACCACUCCAUCCUCUCCCAGUCCUCUACUCUUCCUCCGCCUCCUCCACCUUUCCAGUCUCCCUCUGCUGUUCCAGGAGACCGCUCGUCCGGUUGUUUCUACCCUCUGACCCCCUCCCCAGUCCACUCAGAACCUUCUAGGUUCCCCAUCCUGCGGGACAGCCCACUGGGACCUCCUCCACCACCUCCUGCUCCCCCUCUACCAGCUUCUUUCAGCCCCAGCUGCCCGUCCACGCUCCCCCCUCCCCCGCCCAAGGUGGCAGCAGUGCCCUCCCCAGCCAUGCGGGCUCUGCCUCCCUCGUACCCCUGCAACGCUCCGACCCGACGGCCGCCUGCUGUGCCCAGAAGUGCAGGUGUGGGUCGGCUGGCUCCUCCUCCAGCUCCCCCUGCACGUUGCCCCUCUACAGAGCUGUCCAGCCGAAUUCCUCCCCCUCCCCCACCACCUCCCCUGCCUCCAUUAAGUCUCAGGAAUGGACACCUGCACAGCCUGGCAGAUGAUUUUGAAUCCAAGUUCCAGUUCCACCCCGUCGUGGACUUCCCGCCUCCCGGUGAAUUCAAGCCUUUUCCUCGGAGCUACCCCAGCAAAGAAAACAGAGUGAACCCCAAACCACCUGGGAUUAGGACACACCUCAGAUGAGUCAAGGCCUCACCCUGUCCAUCAUCCCCCCACACACACGUGUCAGGCAGUUAGACUCCUCCUCCUCAUGACAAUAACAUAACUGUUUAUGUGGUUGCAAGCUCUGUGUGUGUGUGAGUGUGUUGUUUGUGUUUAGUGUGUGUGUUUGUGUGAGUGUCAAACAGGGUCCCGCCUUAUACUGACUAUGUGAACUCUGAUCUUUUCCAGCGUGGAAUGUUUUGAAUGUGUGUGAGGAGGAGUGCUCUCCCUACUCAUAAGUUACACACACACACACACGUCCAGCAGUUAUA